AUGAACAUGCUAAGUUCAAUUUAUGGAUCAAUUACCGAUGGCGCAGAUGAGAAUGAUGCGGAGAAGGGGAAUCUUCUCGCCGCGCCGCCGCAGCAAAUUAUGCUGGCAUUCGAACGACAACUCAAGAUCACACAGAUACCGCAAGUACUUGACGCUCACGAUUGCUGCUUUCGCUGUAAUUGGGUCGCGCCCAACCGAUACACGAUUUUAUGGCAAGAACGAAGUUAGUAGAAAGGAGUGGUAGAACGGAUGAUAAAGACACCGCAAGUAUCUACAAGGACGAGGUCUCUCCGCGAAAAUGGCGGCGGGCGAUGAGUUUCUUCUAUGUAGUUAGUAUUUUUCGAUGUCGUUUGAAUUACCGCCAGUACUGUAUAGCACCUUAUAGAAAUGAUUAGCACCACAAGUAGGAAGUAGAUAGCCUUUUUAUCACUGUCCUUCCCUUUUUUCAUGCAUGGAGAACAUUGGUGGAAGCGACGCGGCGCAAAAACGGAGGGCGGCCAUACAAGCAAUGAAGUCGCACUUCACACAAGCGGAAGUUGCCCCAAUGUUGCAGCAACUAAUGUUAUGGAAUGCGAAAGUGGAUCAAUUUUGCAGGUUUAUUGAUGAAAGAUGCUAUGGUUCUCAAUUUUUUUACAACUGUUCUUUCUGCUUCAAAGCUUUUUAUACAACAAAAAUGGCUAACAAGAAAUUACACAUUACCGUGAUGCGCUAAUGGUCACUGCAGAGGCAUCGUCUGGCAUGUUGGAGCUCCCAAUGAGGGUGUACGAAGAUGCGUCGAUGUGCCACAAGUUUUUCUGCCGUGGACAACGACCUACGCGUUUGUACGUGCACGUCAAGAAUCUCGAUGAUGUACUCGAAGGACAACAGGCUCAGGGAUCUUUUUAUGGACAGGAGUACAUCCUUUUUGUUUUUUUUAGUAGACAGACUGAAAAAAGGAAAGACGUAUCAAGGUAUAUUGAUACACGUAACUGCUGUAAGUUCUUCGGGCGGGGUUAUUUCCAGCGAAAACGGAUCUUUCGAGUUGCUCAGAUUGAGUUUCUAACGUAUUGGAGGCACUGAGCGCAGUGAUGACACAGAUCUACACGACCCCAAUACAGAUCUGCCGGAACUGGACGAUUCCGUUUUGACGCUCGACAAAGAAUUCGCAUGCGAAUGGUGUCAAUGCCUGUGCCCAUUCGGUUAUUGCUACAUUUCCUCGAUUGUAUCCUCUGCAUCCAUAUUGAAGGAUAUAAACAAUUGCAGCAUCUCUAUAGAAAGUAGAUGGAGAUGAUAUAAUCCCGAUUAUGGUUUAAUCAACAUAUCAUCCCGCCCGUAGAGGUAGGGAGCACUACCAGGGAUGCGAAUGAAUGACAUCAUGUUCUUGAGUAGUGUUUCAGUAUUACAUCAUGUGAACGGACUGACGUCGUCCGACAACCUAGCUGUCCAUGUCAAUGGUACAGCUCGUAAUGUCUUCCUCUAAUGACACCUUUGCAUUCCAUAUACGUGCAAGUGCUGUUGUCCCUUCUUCUACUCCUUCUCAUCCACCAUUUGCAUGCCGAAAAUGCACGUACUUCAACUUCAUAUUUACUUAAAUUUUUUUUGAAGACGAACUAGACCUGCUGGUUGAUUAUUCUGUGACAAGAGUCGUGCUCGUGGUAUCUAUAAUCCUCCUGCAUUUAUAGAAGUCUUCUAAAACCAUGUUUGAACACUAACAGACAGAAGAAAUAUAAUACUUCGGCGCUACGGAAGAUGGCAAAACAAUCGCUACUAGAUACACUACGCUGCAUGAAUAUGGGCAUGACGCUUAAUGUUCUUCGAACCCAUGACCACAGGUUUCAACGGGUGACGUAAUCACGGGUGGACCAGAAUAUAUCGGUUACGUGCAGGAUCACGUUCAAUGCUGUGGACUCUACCACGAGAUCUACAAUGCAAAUUAUGAAAGGAGGGUUGUAAGGGAACCGGAAUAUAAGAUGUGUCUAACAAGAGUAAGAGGUCCCGCAACUGUCGCGGAGAAGACUGACAAUUUUCAUAAUCGCUCGUUCUUGUAGGUGCACGCUCCUCUUCGUGCUGACAUUAUAAUAUUGCUUUAAUUCUCUAACGAUGUAAUGAGCUGCGGUACACUCUGUCAGCGUCGCUUUAUCAGAACGGGAGUUAUUGCGAGAUACCUGAGGUGACGCAUGAAAUAAUGGAUGAGAACGGCGUCGAACUUGGGGAGAUGAUCAAAGAGGCUCGACACAUGGACGACGAUGAUCGUGUGGUCGAGAGGGGAAAUUUUUAAGGCCAGUUAUAUUUAUACAGCUCUCCCACUCCCAUGUGGACUAUGGAUGCUGAGUUCGUUGAGUCUUCUCUGAAUUCAAGGGAAAACGGUAACUCACUCAACCACGGGUAGUGAUUAACUAGCGUUAAGAUUUAGACCAAUCCGCGAAUAACGCGAAUAACACCAGAGUGGUGCGAGGAGCCGUCGUGGCAAACUCAAACAACAGAACCACGGGAGAACGAACAACACUGAAAAACAGAUCCGGAGACUCAACUGCAGCAGUGCAAAACAGGACAGGAACAGAUUCCGGAGCCACUCAGAAACCACGAUUCCAGACGUUUCUUAUGGUCUUCAUAUCAAUGAACAUCAACAUCUACAUCAACAUGUUGUUGAUGUUGAUCCAAUGUUGUAAUGAUGGAUAAGUAAAUGUGAAUGAGCAAUAAUUCGUCGAAAAGUACAAAUUGUGCUUCUUGUUUCAUUUUUAUGUGUAGAUACCUUUACCGAGCUUCUUGAUUGUGAAAGACGCGGUCGCUCUCGUCAACUUCUACUCCCACGAACAAUUAUGGUACUCUAAUUCGUAACUGUAUUGCCCUGAAAAGAGCAAAAUGAAGGACCGCGCACUGCUGCUGGCAUCGACGUUGCUAGCCGAAGUACAGAAGUACGACAGUGACAGUGUAGUGCGUGUGUGCUGUAGGCCACGGCCUAUAGACCAGCAGGCAGACGCUGAGCGCAAGAGACGCGAGGGCCGCCUUCGCUCCUGACACGGGAUAAGCCUGAAGAUGAGAUCGUAUGGAUACAUAUUUUUCUGGUACUUUGAGGUUCUCUCAUUUUUUUAUUGUAGAGUGGCUGGUCUACUUGAGUUUAGGUCACGAGCAAAUUUAUUUUUGAUGCCCAUCAACAACAUCAUCGUGAUAUUUGGAUUAAGACCUCAUCAUUAGAAACGUUGAGUCGAGCCACACGACUUCGACCUGUGAAGUGCACUUCUCACUAUCUCACUGUCAACAUUUGAACUGUAGUCUUACUAUUUUUUCUAAAGAAGACCGUCGGAUGACUUGGUUAGUGUAAGUUUUCUAAGUGAAUGGAUGGUGCGGAGCCCAUGUUCUACGGUAAAUGUUCUGUCAUUUGUCUGUUUGCAACGGAAAGCUAUCACCUACUAUAAGUUGACUGAUAAUCUUACUGCUAUCUCGUACAGGUGCCAUCCCGUGAAGUUUUCACAGGCCAGGCAUCCGAAACCUAACCAAGAUCGUUUUCGGGGCUGAUUUAGCUUUAGGCCCAAGGCCAAGACUGAGCAGCUGACUUGCUUCUUGUAUAUGCAACUUCUACUAAUUUGAAUGUACUAAAAAACGGCAUUUGUUUGAAUAGAAGAUAUGGCAUGCCCAACAUGAACAUAGCAAAAAUCAUAAGGGUAAAGAUGAAAGGUCCAACACAUCCAGAGGAAGUGGCCGCCAGGAAGUUCACAUCAGUCAAACAAUGUACAUGAAGAUAGGCUUCUUGUACAGGGGAAGGAGGGGCAUGGAUUUAUUUGUAUAGGAAGAGCAAGAGAUAGAGAAUACAUCACACAAGCCAGACGAAUAUGAAAUCACCCAGACAGUUAUGGGGCCUGGCGGCCGUGCGGGAUGGGCACGCGCAUUCGCCCGGCACUGUAUCUGUAUGAUAAAUUCUCAUGUUUCUCGAACGUAGAACGCGAAUAUUAUGAAGUAAUCAAUGCCAGCACUUUUGAUACCGAAGAUAAGUCGUUUUUACUUGACGAGUAAAAGAAAUAUAAUGAUAAUCCGCACCGGUCCCCAGGCCUAUUUUGUACUCCUUACCAGCUAGUGUAAUCCAUUGCGUGUUGCGUCAUUCACACAGCACAUCUUUGCAGGCUCUGAUCUGACCAGUUUCCUUUUCAGAAUACUUAUUUAUUAUAUUAUUUUUAUCUUCUUCAUCAAUUAUGGAAUUGGAAAACCAGAAGUCGUGGUGCUUAUUCUCACAAAAUGCAUGUCUUGUGAGUGGAUUGAUUCAAUGAUUGGAGAACCACACGCAUCACAUAAUAGGAAAACCUUGUGGUCACGACAGUCACCAUUUCCCGUGUGCGUGUCAAAUGGCAGCAUCGUGAAGAGGUUUGGGAAUGUGUGUAAUAGAAGGAAAAGAAACACGCUUUCUGCGAUUCAGGGUUAAGCUAGCGGAAGAUAU